ACAUUCAUAAGAGAAAAAAUAAAAAUUUUAUUUAAAAUAUAAAUUCAUAAAGAAGUAUUAAAGCAAAAAAUUAGCAGUUAAGCCUUUUUAAAAGGCAAUAUUGCAGAAAUGGACGAUAAUUUAUGGCUUAUAGAAUUAGAGUCUGCGCUGUUGGACGACUGCAAUGUGAAUGACAUAUAUGCGAUUUGUCGAGGCAAGGCCAUUCCCGAAGCAUUGCGUCCAGAUGUUUGGCAGGUGUGCUUGGAUGUGCGCCACAAAAGCGACCAGAUGUCUCUCUUUAAUGAAAUUUUUGAUUUACCCUUUCAAAAUACCUUACGCGAGGACUGCCAAGUGGUCGUUGACCGUAUUGGCAACGAUGAUGAAGACAAAGUUUCAGUAAUUUCUGAUUUGGAGUCGAUUCUCACAUUUUAUUGUAAGAAUCGAAACCUGCAAUAUGAAAGUGACAAUGGUUGGAUUGAGUUGCUAUUGCCACUGUUAGCACUAAAAUUAAACCGAUGUGACACAUACAACCUUUUUGAAUCCAUACGCGAUAUCUACAUCCCGAAAGGUUGCAAACCCAAAGGAAAUGUAUUUCAUGUGUUCCGCUUACUAAUACUAUAUCAUGAUCCGGAAUUGUGCACAAUGCUAGACACGAAAAAAAUUACACCAGAUUUAUACUCUAUUCAAUGGUUCCAGUGCUUAUUCGCAUCGAGCUGUAGUUUGUCGGUCAUUCUUUCAAUGUGGGACUUAUACUUUCAACAUGCAGAUCCUUUUAUGGUGUUCUUCUUGGCCCUGAUUAUUCUUGUCAAUGGGCGUGAUCAAAUUUUGGCGAUGAAGAACACAACAAAGGAAGAAUUACUAAAAUUUCUUUCUAAUAUGCCUUGUGCUUUAGAACCGGAUGAUGUAGUUGACUUUUGCUCACUUGCUCAGUAUUACGCGCUCAAAACGCCGAGUUCUUUCAAGACGGACUUUCUAAAGGCGUUGUACGGUUCGCAAAGUGAGAAGAGCUCGCGCAAUGAAACCUGCACCGUAUCGCAGGCGCUGUGUCUUCCAGUAUCUGUGUAUGAAUUAGUAGAGAACUCAUCUAUAGAUCUAACCACACCCGAUGCUGUUCGUUUCUUUUUGGUUGAUUGUCGACCUGCAGACCAAUACAACGCAGGACAUCUAUCGACGGCAUUUCAUCUUGAUUGCAAUUUGAUGCUUCAAGAACCAAUAUCUUUCUCCACUGCAGUACAAGGUUUGUUAACUGCGCAACGUCAGGCAAUUGAAGCGAAUUCUAACGCCGGUGGUGAACACCUUUGUUUUAUGGGAAGUGGCCGCAUGGAGGAGGAUCAGUAUACCCAUAUGGUAGUCGCUUCAUUUUUACAAAAGAACACACAGUAUGUGUCGUUAUUAACUGGUGGUUAUACGGCCAUACACGAUUACUUUGGCGACCAUAUGGCUGAUUGUCUCGAAGACCACGAUGUUAAAAAGUGUAUUGUUUGCAUGAAAAACAGCGUUGAAUUAAGGAACCUAGGACAGGCAGGACAAACUCAACAGCCACGACGAGACUCUCAACGACCAACCUCCGACAUAUUUAGCAGGUUUUCCGCAGUAAUGAAAAUUAAAUCAGCUGAAGUCAAAGACAAGCUCUUCGAUAUCAUUACGAACCCUUCUAACGGUACUAGUACCGCCGUUGGCCAUCACCACGGGGGUAGUUUAAGUGGCCAAACGGCCGUUCCAGAUCGGCAUGUUUCCGCUAAUGAACGCAAUGGUAAGCGAUAUCGGAAUGUGGCACCUGUAUUCAGUAUUGAUGACGAUAAUGAUGACCAUUACAACGACAAUGAAUUAAAAAAUUCAGCUGAGAUGGCUGGUUCCAAGCUGCCCGGUGACGCAAAAGAAAUUGUCAAUUUAACUCUGUACUUAAAGUCGACUGACAUCAUAAACGCUUUCCGCUGCCAAGAAGUGCACAUGAAUGGAUAUAUGUAUGAUAGUCAUUUGAUUAUAACAGCAACACACUUGAUUGUUUUACGUGAGCUUGGGCAUGGGCAAGCACAGAUAAUAGUACGACGACCUUUAUCGAGCAUAGUGAAGAUAACUGCAAAGAAACGGCAUCGAGAUUUGAUCACAUUCAAGUACGGAUUUCCAAAUGGAGAUGGUCUGCUUAUAACCGACAUGGAUCGAUUUCUUAUUCCGAACGCUAGUGAAGCGACUGCACUUGUAUCGAAACACAUUGUCCAAACCUUAGAUGGGUCUAAAUUAACGUAAUGCAAUUUUGAUGUAUUUGAUGAUCAUUUAUUUCAUUGGUCGACGUGAAAUGUAUGGAUAUGCAUAAGUUGUCGUUAUUUUGUAAAAAGAAAAAUUAUUUCGAUAAUAAUAAUUAAUAUACAUAAGUAUCUACAUAUGAAAAUCGAAAUCCAAAUCAAUGAGCGGAUCAAUUUUGUUAAGUGUCUGGGUGAAUUAUCAUGAUUUCUUUUGAACAAUAAUUGCAUUUUUAACCAAUUUGUAGAAACAUAUUACUAAUAGACUAUAGUGUGCCUACUAUCCUUCCCUCAGUGCUGAUGUUUUAAUUGCAUGCGAUAAUCUCAAAAUAACAUGUUUCCGAAAUUAAAUACAAAUAACACAUGUCAUGAGCGCCACAUUUACACCCUUGUUUUAGAAAUGACAAAGGGCUUUUUAAUGCAAUUUUUAUGUGUCUUCUUUAUGUAAUGUUUCUAUUUAUUGCUUAAAAAGCACAAAACAAAAUUUUAUUUUUUCGUAGCAACUUCGUACAUGCCACACAUUUUGUAUAAUGAGUGCAAGCCUGGAAUGGUCUUUUAUAUGCGCUAUCCGCUAUUAUUGUUAUCUUUUAUUUUAUUUUAGGGAUUUUGCGAAGUGUAUAUUUAAAUCGAGAUAAAUCGUGGCAAAAUAUUGAACAUUACCUUUUUAUAAAAAAAACAAUACACGACACAUCCAAAGUAAACCAUAUUCCAGUGACAUAUAAGUUAUACAUGUAUGAAUGCUAGCAAUAAGCUUGACUAACAAUAGUAGAACAGAUGUUACCAAAUAAAAAAACAAAAUAUGUCAUACUU